AUGACCCAGGUGCAGCUGAACUCGUUGAACUCGCCGGGAGAUUAUGGGCGACUUGGGGCCAGCGUUAGUGCAUCUGAGGAUGAUUUAAGAGCAUCAUUUGGGGCCUCAGUCAUUUUAGUGGCCGAGGCCGGGCCCGAGGACGCGGUGGCGCCGGGAUUGAGGCUCCUGGAGGCGCUGCUGCGCACGGUGUUCGGCCACCAGGCGGGAGGCCCGGUGCAGGCGGCCGUCUACUGUCCCGGCCACCCUGCCUCCAGUCUGGCCGUCCAGGCGGCCGCUUGCAGAGUCCUGCAAGCCGCGGGACCUGCGCGACCAGUGGAAGGAGCCUGGGAGAGACCAGGCCUCCCUGCGCUGCUGGCCUGCUUUUCCUGGGGUCCUUGGAGCCGGGGGAAAGACGCAGAUGCCACCUCCCCCAGUGUCCCAGCUCAGGAUACCUUCCAGGACUCCGAGGAGGAGCUGGCACUGACAGCCAUAUUUCCCAACGGAGACUGUGAGGAUCCUGAAAAGGGAUCGAGAGCCUGUGAUGGAGUUGUCCACCCUCCCGCUGAGCCCCCUGGAGCCUCGAGGUGAAGUCUGGACCCCUGGGCUGCCCCAGCUCUAACCUGCAGACUGGGGGCUGGCUCCUUCUCACUGAGCCUCCAUGCCUGCAUGUUGAUCUUGGGGUGGCAGUAACUACGGAGGCCCCACCUGCUGGGGGCUGCCACACUUACAGUUACCAGCAAGGCAGCAGGACCUACUAAGCUAAGCAGGACCUACUAAGCUAAGCUGGACCUAGGAAAACAUAUCAUCCCACUUUGCAUUUGGUCACUCUCUGGUCAUGGUGAGGUUGUUUCUUCUCUCUGGGCCUCAGUUUCUCUAUGCCAUUGAGACAGAUGGCUGUCUACUCUGAGGCUCUGCGGUGCUGUGGCAUCCUUUGUUUGUUUGCAUGAGCAUCCAUCAUUUCAAGUGUAGCUGGAAAGAACUCUGGACCAGAAGUCAUCAGAUGGAGGGGAGGGGGGUGGUCUUAGACCUGUCACUCAACCAAGGGCCUGGCUACCCCUCCAGGCAGCACUGGAAAGGUGUGAAUGCGUGUGCGUGUUGGGAGGGUCCCUGUGACAGUGGGUGCUCCUGGCAUUUAGUGGGCAUCUCACAUUGUGUAGGACAAUCUCCAACAGCAUAGAAUUAUUCCACUCAAAAUGCCAGUCAUGGCACGUUUGAGAAACUCUAACUGAGCCAGUCUCUUCUCCCUGUCAUAUUCUAGGAAGAGUCCCCAGAGCAGAGGAGGUUGGGCUUCCUAGGACCUGGGCUCCCAAGCAAGCCAGAAUAAAGACUGCACCGCCAUUGCCUGGGGGGCUGUGGGGCCAGAGCCAAGAUGCCCUAUGUGCUGCAGGCCCAGGACAGAAAUAGCCUUGCAAACCCAUGAGAAGAAAGGGCCUCUUUCUUCUUCAUGUUGACACUGAUUUUCUGUGCCAAGUCCUUUGAGAACAAGGAUGCCAGGAACUGCCCACGGCACCAAACGGAAAAUUAGGGGUAUGGAUUAAUACAAGGGCAUAGGAAUUGCUCUCAAUCUCAAGUCCUAAACCAAGAUCAAAGCCGACAUAGCCCAGAGGUGCCAAGUUCCUGAAUCCUUUUUUCUCUGUUUAUGAGUCAGACAGGGUUGAUGACGUUCCCUUGAAAGUCAGGAAAGCCAUCUGUUCACUCAGAGAGGGAACUCUGCAUUACCUCCUUUGUCUUUCUUGCCUUCCCCUGGAGAAAUCCAGUCUUUGGAAUGGCAAGGACAGCUCCUGAUUUUUCCCUAGUAGGAAGUACUAUCUAAGGGAAGAAGCUAAAUUCAUUCGUUCAUGCGUGAUUCACAGCAGACAUGCAAUUGUGCCUACUAUUUACUCAGCGUUCUGCCAAGCGCUGCAUAACUUCCUUUAGUUAUUCCAGCUCUCUCAACGAUGGUGCCAAAAUGUGGAAUGGGAACCAACCCUUCCGUGGUGAGGGGCUCUGUCGUGUUAAGAGGAUCCCUCUCUGCUCUAUGCCUCAAAUUUAUCCUCUAUAAUAGGGAGCGUAAUCCCUGUUAGUGUGAG